CUCCUCUGUCGGUUUCCCGGCAUGCACCUGCUGCUUCUGCCAGCCGUCUCGCCGCAGCAGGAAACAUGGCGGUCAUCAGUAAAUACUUGACAGCAAAGAAUUCCUCGAUUGCUGGCGGGGUCCUGCUUGUUCUGUAUCUACUUAAGCAAAGACGAAGGUCCUCCAGACUGAACAGCAAGAAGGGUUCAUCAGAUCUGAUCUUGAACAAUGAAAAAGAUCCUAAAAAGGAUCGGGCCGCAGUGGACAGGGUGUUUUUUGCCCGAAUCAAACAAAUACUCAGGAUCAUGGUACCGAGACUCUUCUGUAAAGAGACCUGGUACCUGAUCCUGAUUGCAGUGAUGCUGGUGGCUCGGACCUACUGUGACGUCUGGAUGAUUCAGAAUGGCACAAUGAUUGAAAGUGGUAUCAUUAGCAGAGAUAUCACACUGUUCAAAAGGCACUUUUAUUCCUACAUUACAGUCAUACCAGGGAUCGCCCUGGUGAACAACUUUCUGAAGUUAGGACUGAAUGAGCUGAAGCUCUGUUUCCGUGAAAGACUUACUAAACAUCUGUAUGAGGAGUAUCUGAAAGGAUACACCUACUACAAGAUGGGAAACCUGGAUAACCGAAUUGCCAAUGCUGAUCAGCUGCUGACUCAGGAUGUGGAAAAGUUCUGCAACAGCGUAGUUGACCUGUACUCCAAUCUCAGCAAACCUCUUCUUGAUAUUGGCCUGUACAUCUUUAAGCUGACAACUGCUAUCGGAGCUCAGGGCCCUGCUACUAUGAUGGCCUACCUGCUGAUCUCAGGCCUCUUCCUGACCAGAUUGAGGAGACCCAUCGGGAAGAUGACUGUCAUUGAGCAGAAAUACGAGGGCGAGUACCGAUACGUCAACUCCCGGCUCAUCACCAACAGUGAGGAGAUUGCGUUUUACAAUGGAAAUCUCAGAGAGAAACAGACUAUUCACUCUACCUUCAAGAAGCUGGUUGACCACUUGCACAAUUUCAUAUUUUUCCGCUUCUCCAUGGGCAUGGUAGACAGCAUCAUUGCUAAGUACCUGGCCACGGUAGUCGGUUAUCUGGUUGUGAGCCGACCAUUCCUAAGCCUGGCGCAUCCACGGCACCUUCACAGCACACAUGCGGAACUGCUGGAGGAUUACUAUCAGAGUGGCCGCAUGCUGCUGCGCAUGUCACAAGCUUUGGGAAGGAUUGUGCUUGCCGGUCGAGAAAUGACCAGACUCGCAGGGUUCACCACCCGUAUCACAGAGCUGAUGAAGGUCUUGAAAGAGCUGAACAUGGGGAAGUAUGAGCGCACCAUGGUGUCUCAGUCAGAGAAAGAAGCAGAUGCCUUAGAAAGACUGACCCUGGUGCCUGGCAGUGGACGAAUAAUAUUUUUGGACAACGUUAUCAAGUUUGAAAAUACACCCUUGGCAACACCCAAUGGAGAUAUUUUGAUAAAGGACCUCAGUUUUGAGGUGAAAUCUGGCACGAACGUUUUGGUGUGUGGGCCCAAUGGCUGUGGAAAGAGCUCACUCUUCAGAGUGCUUGGAGAACUGUGGCCUCUGUUUGGUGGGAGCUUGACCAAACCUGAGAGAGGGAAGCUCUUCUAUGUCCCUCAGAGGCCUUACAUGACCCUUGGAUCACUGAGGGAUCAGGUGAUCUACCCUGACACCUUUGAAGACCAGAAGAAGAAGGGGAUUUCAGAUCAGGUGCUGAAAGAAUACCUGGACAAUGUGCAGCUGGGGCAUAUUCUCGAAAGAGAGGGCACCUGGGAUGCUGUUCAGGACUGGAUGGAUGUUCUCAGUGGUGGAGAGAAGCAGAGGAUGGCGAUGGCUCGGUUGUUCUAUCACAAGCCUCAGUUUGCUAUUCUGGACGAGUGCACCAGUGCUGUAAGUGUGGAUGUGGAGGACUACAUCUAUAGCCAUUGCAGGAAGGUGGGCAUCACUCUGUUCACAGUCUCUCAUAGAAAGUCUCUCUGGAAACACCAUGAGUACUACCUCCACAUGGAUGGGAGAGGGAACUAUGAGUUCAAACCCAUCACUGCAGAAACUGUGGAGUUUGGCUCUUAGAAGCACGGAUACCCACAGACACGGCUCCGGAAGGGAUGCAUCGUAAUACUGCAGCAGAAUCUAGGAUUUUGUUUUUAAUCACUUGUAACAUUUCUUUUUGUUUUGACACUACAGUUCUGUCUUCCAUGAUUGUAUAAUUGUAUAAUUUGUAAUUUAAAGUGCGGUCCGAUUUACCGGACAGCCACUAAUGAGAAUAGUGAAUGGGCUAAUCCUAAUGAAAUGUGUUCACAUCUUAUGUGUGAACUAAAUCAUGUUUCAGAUUAAAUCAUGUGAUAGGAAUUAGCCUGUAAGUUUCUCUAUAUGAAAUCAAUGCCAGUGAACUGAUCUCUGGUAUUUGAUCAGGAUUCUUGUAGUUCUAGUAUACUAAUGAGGCUUUUUUUGACACCAGGAAAAUAAAAUUGUUAUAAAAUGUCCAUCUACUAAGUGACCUUAGUACUAACUGUAGUGAUGUGUGAUGGGUCUGUUGUGUGGCCCGUGUAUGAUGGUUUAAUGGACCUGUUCUCUGAGCGUGUUUCCUUCGAUGGUAAGCGAUCGCGGGGUAGAUUGCACUGAUUUACUGAUUUGCAAGCCAAAACGCCUUGUACUACUUCGUGUCUGUAAUUGUCUAAUGGUUGCCUAAAUGCACCUUUUUGUUCCAAGCAAAACGUAAUGUUUCUCCAUGCUGUUGUUUAAUGACUAAAACAUCUCUGUAGACCUCUUGGAUUUUGUACACAAAAGACUCUAGAAAUCUAGUAAACCAGAACCACAAAAUAUCCAUAGAUCUACAAUGUACUCACUAGUGCAAUUUCAUUAAAAAUAAUUCUGGAUCUGUU